AUGGUUAGGGAGCGGUCGGAUUGGGAGAGCUACCGCGAGCGAAUGUUGAAGCGUAUUAACGAGUUCGAGAAGUCCAAAGCCGCUUUUGAUGAGGAGAAGGCAAAGUUCGAUGCUGACAAGAAAGCGGCGGAAUGGGGGCGUGAGGGCCUGAAAAACAAAAUUCAAGCUGCUGAACAGCAACUGGCUAAGGAGAAAGCCGAGUUCAAGCGCAUAUGCGAGAAGGACAAUGAACGCGCGUUCGCGGCUCUUAACAAGAUUGUUGAUCUUGAAGCCAAGGUUGUUGAGCUGACUGCGAAGGUCGAGGAUGCGCAAGCUGCACAGGCUGCUAAGGGGCAAAUUCAGUGUUCACAAAAAAAAAUGCCGCCACGUAUGAGAGGAAGAGGAAGGGGACAAGGAGCAUAUGCAGCCCCAAACGACCAUGAAGCCGGACCUUCGCACAGGCGAACACCUUCAGGCUCCCAUAACACAGAUGCUCAAAAUCUGUGGAGGUCUUUUACUGAACCCGCAAGGCACUCGGUUUCACUGAAAAAUGAGCCCCACAACUCUCACCAGUCCUAUAUUCCUCUCCAAGGACACCAAUCACCCUUUGACCACCCAUCACCUGUUUUCCAAGGCCUGUACAACCCUGCUGACUACCUUGAUGUGCCUAUGGGUUUUGACCCACUUGGACCAGAAGACCAUUUUCCUGGUGGCAAUGCGAUGGAUGUCGAUGAAGAUACCGAUCCCUCAAUGCCACCAUCUGGAACUCCGAACCACCCUAUCGAGAUUUCUGAUGGGUCACCAUUUGUGGGAUCACCAUACAAUGAUCCCGACAGCUUUGAGGAGAGAUUCAGACAGUAUGACUGGCAACAGCCUCAACAGCGGCAGCAGCAGAAUCCUUCUGAGGAUUCUCGACUUGUCGCGGUCACUCCACCGCCGCCACCACCUCCGGUUUUGCCUCCCCCGCCUCCGAGGCGAAGACGUACGAACGCACGGAUUUCCGCACGUGGGGUAGUGCACAUCAGCACCCCUCCACAUUCAGGUGGCAGCCGAUACUCGCCACUUCACGAAGAACCAGAGAUGGGAGAAUCUUCACAUCCCGUCUCAGAAGUAACUUCUGCACCAAUCCCGCCACCACCACCACAGGAUUUCGGAGACCCAAUCCCUGCUUAUACUAGCGCGGCAGCAUACAAUCCCUUCGAGCAGACGAUCCACACAGGUUAUAACUUUACAAAGGAUCCCUACUGGGUAGCUGCGAACUACAACUCUCUCAAUCCGGAAGGUACUUUUGGAGGUCCCUGGGCUACGGGAGAAUUGACCUAUGGAUACCCAUCAUAUGGAUAUCAGCAGCCGCAGCCUCCUCAACCACCGCAUUAUCCGCUACCACCGCAGGCACCGAUGAUGUCGCCGCCACAAGUUCAAGAAAUCCUUCAAGGGAUAAAUGAAGUGCGACGAGAGAUGCGGCAUGAAUUACGGGAAGAUCGUCGGCAUAAUCGUGGGAUGUUUAAGAAAAUGGUGGAUUUAAUCAAGGGAAAAAGCAAGAAGGACUACUAA